AAAGUCUGGGAAAGUUGCCUUCAAAAUGACAGCGAAGGCUCUCUGGCUAUUCUGUUUGAUCUUUGGAUCAUCCUCAGAAAGCCCAGAAGGAGAAAGAAAAGGGCCCGUGUCCUUGGGCGGGAAGGCCUGGGGCCUGUCCGGCCCGUCCCGGGCCAAGGCUCCGCCCGCGGCCGGCGGGGCUGAGGGGAACCGCCUAGCUCCGAGGUCGCCCGGGCCGGCGGACGAGGGCCCCGGGUCGUGGCCCUGGGCGGACAGGCGGCGGAAAGGCCCGGGCCCGGCGGCCGAGCAGGAGCGGGAGCAGGAGCAGGAGGGGCGCUCUCGGCCCUCCGGCCCGGCGGCGGCCGCCCGGCUCCAGGGCGCCCCCAGCGGCGUGUCGUGGGCCCGGCCGCGCUCCCGGGGCCCCCCGCCCCACCUCAACCGGCCCGGCCGGGCCAGGCCCCACCGCCCGGCAGACCAGCCCAAGCCGUCCUGGCUCACCAACCGGCAGCCCGCCAGCCUGCUCCAUCACUUCAACCUGCUCCCCACAGAUUCAUCAGAAUGA